AACUGUGCUGGCUUGAAAAGACGAAAACAAACAAACAAAUAAAUAAUUCAACCAACGAAGAGCCAGGCUGCUUCAAACACCGCGUCCUCCUCAAUACCCUACGCAGUGACACCCUACCCAAGCUGAUCGGUCAGAAUGAAUGAGUUGCUGGACAGUUUAAAAAGCCUGGAGCAGAGCUGCAGGAGAUUCAGACAGCAGCAGUUCACAUUCAUCUCCGCGCUGGAGCGAACCCGUGAGCAUGCCCACGAGAGGACGAAGCCCGUCUCCACCCUGGCACAGGUCCAGAACUACCUUGACCACCACUGUCACAACACCACUGACCAGGGCAUCCUCACUCUCUUCCUGGACAUCGUGCGCGACCUGAGCCACACUCUCCAGCAGCUUGAGAGCAUGGUGACCGAGGAGAGCUCGGCCAGUUACUGCCUGGAGGCCUGCAGGACUCUCCUCUAUCACAACAACGACCUGAGUCACCUCCGUGCCAAAUACCCUCACGAUGAGGUGAACCACCUGAGCUGCAACGAGGCUCGCAAUUACUAUGGGGGGGUGGUGAGCCUGAUCCCCGUGGUCCUGGACCUCCUGCAGCAGGGCGUCACGUAUUCCCAGGGAGCCCAGAGGAGGCUGGCUGCUGAACAGGGCGCCGAGCCAGCCCGCAGCUCCUGGGCAGGACCCCUCUCCAACACCACGGCAACCCAGGCGGGCAGCGGAGCCGUCAAGAAGGGCAGCUGCUCCCCCUACAACACCGCCAAGCCAGCCUGGAGGCCCCCCGGCCACAUCAAUAGACACUGAGACCCUUCCUGUCCACGCUGGCACCGGUGAUCUGUUAACAUCCACUUUCUGGUUAGGAUAAAGAAUAACACUUUCCAAAAAAAGAGAAUAAAGUCUUGCUUCUGCUGAUUUAGACUCUUAAACCACCAUGCUUUUAAACCUGAUCAAAUUGUUAUUCUCUUGCCUCUCGUUAACAGCUUUCAUGCAAACCCUGGUCCACGCUUUUCAGAAUUUGGAGACAUGAGGUUUUGACAGAACACCUAAAGUAAAGUAUCUAUUCCACAUUGUGUAUUCUGUAUUUUACAGAAUCAAGUGAUUAAUGAGUUACAGAUGGGCUAAAAGAAAUACCAAGAGUAUUAAAAGUAAACUUUCACAAAACCUACCCAGACUAAUGUUCUAUUAAAAUUGUCAAAUAAAUAUUUAGGGAUUUUCAGAAUCUAACUGUUUAUUAGCAUUUGGGGAAUUAACUUACAAAUAAAAGGCCAAAAUCGUUAAAGCAAUUGAGCAAAAUGCACGCGUCUCUCUCCUGGAUUUUCUGUACAGUUAUAUAUGCUGCUGUGUUCCAGUAGUUACAGUUAAUGAUCAGGGAAAGAAGAGACAGAGAACGAACAAAAUAAACGGAAAAAGAGCCCAGAAACAUGUAGUGCAAAACAUUGAAGAUGAUUUUUAUUUUUUGUUCACAGUUAAAACACAAGCAACUGGUUUUUGUCUUACAUUAAGAACGGUUUGUUCAGAACAUUCUACUGAAAAAGGAGAUGGAUCUUUCUUUCACUCAGAUUGUAUAUGGUUGGUUCUCUUUGCAGGUUUGUAAAUGUCCUAUUAUUUGAAGUGGGUUGUUGUACAUGCUUAUGAUAGCAAGGCAAAGGAUUAAACCCCAAGCGGACGACAGGAUUUGUAUUGUAUAUACUUUCUGCAUCCUGAGCCGCUGCCAGGUUUUCAGAAUCUAUCCCACAGAAUCAUAACCCUUUCAAACAGCAUAUGAUCACUUACAGUAUGAUAUAAUGUAUCCACUUCUGAAACAAUGUCAUCGUUUGAACCAUUGACAGCUAUGGGUAGCUGUCUCUUAUUUCAAGUUUCUAAGGGGACCGAAAGGGGGAGAGAAUCUGGAGAGAAUGGGCAAAUCGCAAACAGAGCAGCUUAUUUCCAAAUAAAUCUCAAUGGACGAUGCUGUGUGGGUCACUGUACCACCUGGGCUUUUGACUGGGACACUGUUGAUUUUAGCCAAUGUAUUUAAAAAAAAAAAAAAGCAGACGUUAGGUCAAGUAACUGGAAAGCAAAGCAACGUCAAACACACUGAAUGGUGGCUCUCAAUGGGAGGGGGGUUAGUGUUAAAAGGGGGUUAUUUAAAAGAGAGCAUUUAAUAGUCUGGUUUUGCUAUGCCCAGUUUUCCCUAUUGGAGAAGUCUGAAGCGGAGUCCUGUGCAGCCCCACGGAGGGGGAGCUGGGCUGCAGUGCAGGAGGAAGGAUCGUAUUCUGGCGCUGCCACUCACCCAAGCCCCAUCCCGAAUGAAUAGGAUGGUUUCCAACUGGGAAGGAAGCCUGUUGGGCUUAACAUUCACCAAGCUCCUUGAGAACAGGGACCAGCCGAAUAUGCCUGCUUUGGAUUAGGAUGCUAUUGUGUAAGGAUGAAUUCUAUUGCAUUAUGCUUGGCACUUGUACAUAGAUUUCAGCAACCUUGGCUCAUAACAAUAAAUACUAUUGGAUUUUGCCAGGAAUAAAAGCAGUGCUUGGCGGGGGCACUGUGCAGUGCAUGUGGGAGGGCAACAGGUCACACUUACAAGUGAACAGGAGGUUCUCUGGCAUUGCUGGCGUGGAACAACUGAAAUGGGCUCCUUCAGUCAAAACGUGAGAUCAGUACAUCAAGACCACGAUGGAAUAAAGCCUUGUUAAGAGAUUUUAAACCCAGUGCCUUCACAGGAUUGUCUAAAGAACACAGGCUGCUUUACGCUCAACCCUCUAUAGAGAAUUGCGAUAAUGCACUUCGUAAUGUUUGAUUAUUAUAUCAAAUCACCACAACUGUGGAUCAGAGGUCGAACGCAAGCUGAUUAUUGAAUGAAUGUAUGCAUGUAUGGUUAUGGCCAAAAGUUUUGGAUCACCUAGAACCGAGACACUAUAUGAGCAUAAUUUAGACUACCGGAAGCAAUGAUAGUAGUACAGUAUUUCACGUUAGAUUUCUGCCAGUU